AUGGCUUGCCGCCGCGAACUUCGUGCAGACGAUCGUCGCUCCUCUGUUGGACCCGCAUGGCACGCACUUAUGGGAAUCUCCCAUAACAGAGGGGCGAAGCUUCACCGUGAAUGGUAUGGAGAAGUUCCACUCAAUAAUGAGAAGAGGAUAUUCGAAGACGUCGAGCUCCUGAAUGAACUUCGUGCCGCUAAAUUUGACGUCGCUCUUUUUGAACUCUACGACUGGUCAGCCGUUGCUGUGUUCGAGUUCAGUGCAUACCAUCAAUCACUCAUUGAGUGUUUUUUAUUAUUCUUUGACAUGUUGGCUGUUGAAAAACGGCGCAGGUUUUUGAGAAAAUGGAGAACAUUAGCGGCAGUAACCUCUGUGCAACAAGGGCUUUAUACAUCGUACAGUGAUGAGAUGUCUUUCUGGGAGAGGCUGGACAAUUUUAAAUUUGCCAUUGAGAUGCACUACCGUUUAAUCUCUUGGCAGCUCCAACUUCAUGCGCUGGCCAGGAAGGUUUCUCCAGGAUUUCCACAUCUCCAAGAUCUUAUCAAGCAGAAAACUGGAAUCAUAUUGAUGAAUGUCAACGAAUUCACGGAAUCACCACGUCCUACAGCAAAUAUUGUGCGGUAUGUAGGAGGGUCAACUAUCUAUGAGCCGAAACCUUUGGAUGAGAAGCUUAGUGCCAUUCUCGAACGGCGAAGUGAGAACGUCUUAUUCUCUCUCGGCUCUCUUGCUACAUCAAAGGGGAUGCCAAUGUGGCUGAAACAGGAUAUUAUGAAUGCCUUCUCUGCGUUCCCGAAUACAACAUUCAUAUGGAAAUACGAGGACGAAGAUGAUGCAGUUCUCUUUGAAAGGCACUCCAAUAUAGUGCUGAUGAAAUGGGUGCCACAAACUGACUUAUUAGCUAAUAAGCGUUUGUCACUUUUCAUCACACACGCUGGAAAGAACUCGGUGCUUGAGGCUAUGUCCUUUGGCAAACCGAUGGUUGCAAUUCCUCUGUUUGCGGAUCAGAUUUUAAAUGCCAAAAUCAUGAAGAGAAGAGGACUGGGUUUGGUGAUCAACAGACGUGAUCUGAACUGCGACACCUUAAAAGCAGCGAUACGCGAUGUUCUAGCAGACGGGUGA